CAAUUUGUUGGGGACAAGCGGACUUGCCAGCGUUCAUCACCACUUUCCAUUCGCAGAUCUAUGCUUGUGCAAAACUAGGAUUUUGUAACCUGCCUUUGCGAGAGUGUACGAUUUGACUUGGAGGACAUGAACAGACAACAGCAAGAUAAAAGCACCCAGCGCCAUUUAUUCAACCUCAUACGACACACUCAGAUCCUGCCCACUGAGAAAAUACCGUCAUCCGAAAGAUGCAAACGACGAGCCUCGGUAGCGAUUAUUAUCCGGGUACGACCGAAUUCAGUGGUCGGACCUAUCAAUGAGACGGCUUCUAUACAAGACCCGUUGGAUUUCCUAAAACUCGACUGGGUAAAAUCCGGAGAACCUGAAAUCCUCUAUGUCCGACGUGCCGUCAAUCCGCGCGACAAAUGGAGUGGACACAUGGCAUUUCCAGGCGGGAAAGCAGAAGCGGAGGAAACGGAUCAGGAAGCCGCUGAAAGAGAAACCCUGGAGGAAAUUGGGUUGGAUUUGCGAGGGCCAGGAUUUGCCUGUCUGGGUGCAUUAGACGAUCGCGAAAUCAAGCCACCAGCUAGCGGAAAGCCGAUCAUGAUUCUAUGUCCUUUUGUGUACCUACAGUUGACUCCCUCCACUCCCCCUCUAACGCUCACGCCGGAAGAAAUCGCCUCAAUUCACUGGAUUCCCCUCUCCUUCUUCUUUGCAGCUGCCCGCGAUAAUCGACGGUGGCGACUGAUCAGCUUCCCCAUAGCACGUCACCUCCUCCCCGCUCGCGUCCUGGCAGGCGGCAUUUCUGGUUCCUCAGCACCCCGAUGGCGCACCUGGAUCCACGUAGGAUUAGAAAAGUCUCUGACAUAUCUCUUGGGCUCGUACAGUUACCGCGGGGUUCUCCUUCCAACCACCGCCGGCGAGAUCGUUACCCCCCUUCAAACACCAGUGACACCCCAUGUUCCGCACGCUCAUGUUCUUGGUAAAGAAGAGGAAGCUAAAGCCCAUGCUGGCCAAUCCACAUCCUCCCGGCUCCUGUUGUGGGGCCUGACACUAUGGAUGACGAGCGAUCUGAUUGAUUUGUGUCAUGAUCCUAGCGAAGUUCCCGUCGUGGCUUUAUCAGAAUUGGGUGCGCCUCGGUACAGUCAAAAGGACAUUGAUUGGUUUUUUGGGCUUUUGGCACGUCAGCUAGGCGCAGGCGGGAACGGCGGUGUGCAAAGUGGGGCGGGGUCUGGAGGGACCGUGGGACGCGUGAAGCGGAAACCAGCUGUUAGUGUUACCGAGAGACCGAAAUUGGAGUACUACCAAGCCAUCCGCAUUUCCGUCGCAACCGCUAUGACGCUGCGGGCAGUAGUGACGUGGGUAGUUGUCCGCCACCUACGGAAAGUGCGAGAAUGGUGUCUCGCUGUUCUGUAACUGAUGUGAGCAUAUAUCUCCCUACCUAUUCCACCUGUUUUCGUAUAUAUAGUUAAUUUAUAUUAUCAAAUAUCGGAUGAUUUGAGUUUCUGAUCUUAGUCAAGGAACGAAAUCUGUUAAAACAUUGUGACCAGAUAAUUCAUUGUCUAAAAAACAUUUCAGAACAAUUUCCAUCCUUCCCGGUCGGCAAGCAACAAGGAAAGACUAUGUACUGUUCGUAUUCUUACAAGAGUUUGAGGUCUUUAAUAAAUAGCAA